CCUACCUGACACUUCCUGUGCCUUAAAUGUUUCGCUGUUUUUGUCAGCGUGACAUAUGUGUAUCUCUCUGCCAUGUUUGUGUACAUCUUUAGCGUAAAUGUUUAUACUUAUAAACACACAAGGUCAGCCUCACGCUGUGGAAUAAUCAUCUGACGCGCAUAUACUGGAUUAUACGGGUUUAAUGGAUUAACGUUACUGGAGGAUGAAUAUGAUUGUUUCGUCUUCUCAUUGAUUCAGAUCAAACACAAAGAACCACAGAUGGGCUGUGUCUUCAUUUUUUUGGUGCAGAAACUCAAAUAGUUCAACCACUAGAGGUAUGGAUGAAAUGUCUUAUAUGGGGUCUGGCUAAGGGUCGCUGUUGCCCUGGCGUCUGCACCCCAUGCCUCCAGCAUGUACCGUAGAAACGGCCUAUCGGAUGGCACCAGCAUUAGCUCUGCCUCCUCUGAGGACAGUAAGAGCUUAGCGUCGGUGGACGGGCUGAGCGCUGACUACGCCAAGAGCUACGACGCCGUCGUGUUUGAUGUGCUAAAAGUGACGCCGGAGGAGUUUGCGAGCCAAAUUACCCUGAUGGACGCCCCUGUGUUUAAGGCCAUACAGCCCGAGGAGCUUGCUAGCUGUGGCUGGAACAAAAAGGAGAAACAUAAAUUGGCUCCUAAUGUUGUCGCCUUCACACGGAGGUUCAACCAGGUCAGCUUCUGGUUAGUGCGAGAGAUCCUCACCGCUCAGACGCUGAAGAUUCGUGCAGAGAUCCUGAGCCACUUCGUGAAAAUCGCAAAGAAACUUCUGGAGCUGAAUAACCUGCAUUCGCUGGUGUCUGUGGUCUCGGCACUGCAGACUGCUCCCAUCUUCAGACUGAGCAAGACCUGGGCGUUGAUCAGCAGAAAAGACAAGGCCACGUUUGAGAAGCUGGACUACCUGACAUCUAAAGAAGAGAACUACGCCAGAAUGAGGGAGUAUAUCAGAUCGCUCAAGAUGGUGCCCUGCAUCCCUUAUCUCGGAAUCUACCUGCUGGACAUGAUUUACAUUGACUCGGCCUAUCCUGCCUCUGACAGCAUCAUCGAGACAGAGCAGCGGACCAAUCAGAUGAAUAAUAUCCUCCGGGUGAUCUCUGACCUGCAGAUGUCCUGUACAUACGAUCACCUUGUGGUCCUGCCUCAUGUGCAGAAGUACUUGAUGUCUGUUCGCUACAUUGAGGAACUUCAAAAGUUUGUGGAAGACGACAAUUUCAAACUGUCCUUGAAAAUUGAACCAGGGAACAGUUCACCACGCAUGGCCACGUCUAAAGAAGAUCUCGCAGGUCCGUCUGAGGUGUCUUUGUCCGUGCGGUACAGUCGACGGCCGACUUGCCCUGAUGCUACGGCGGGGGUCCAUGUUCCCACGCCGCCUCCCUCACGACACCGGAAAAGCCACAGUCUGGGCAACGCUAUGAUGUGGCAGUUUGGUGUCGUGGAGAGCAAAAGUGCCACGUUUCCCAUCGAGAAACCACGUCACCUGCUGGAUGAUAGUUUUCUGGAGUCACAGAGUCCAGCCCGGAACAACCCACAGAGCUCAUCGGUGUCCAACGGCGUAUCUAUAGGCAGCAGUCAGAGUUCAUUUUGUGAUGAUCUUUCUCCAGGAGUCGAGAGGGGGCGCUUGUAUGCCACUCUGGGCCCUAACUGGAGGGUUUCUCAUCGCAACUGCCCCCGACGUCACGUCCAUGCCCACAGUACGUCAGUAGCAGAACGGAGUGCGAGUCGUGGAGGGUGCGGUGAUGUCACAAUAGAGGGUCCUUUAAAGAGGAAGACCCUGCUAAAGGAAGGACGCAAACCCAAGCUCUCUUCAUGGACGCGGUUCUGGAUCACGCUGUCUGGAUCCAGUCUGAUGUUCUACGCAUCGAAAGCUCUGAGAGCCACAGACCGAAAACAUUUCAAGUCGUCACCCUGUAAGAAAGUGUCAGUUUUGGGCUGGAUGGCAGUUCUGCCGGAUGACCCGGCGCAGCCCAACAUCUUUCAGCUGAAUGAUCCUGACCGAGGGAAUGUUUACAAGUUUCAGACUGGAGAUCGGUUCUCUGCCAUCAUGUGGCACAAGAACCUGCAGGAGGCGUGUCGGAGACGACCACCUCAGAUACCAGCGAAUCUCAUGUCGUUCGAAUGAACAGACUCGUGUGGCGCUCAAUGUUUAUAAUGUGCCAAAGGUCUAGAGAGAGCGAGAGCAGAUGCACUUUGACGCUGAAGAAUUCACUGAGCCAAACUCUUUCUCCAGAGCUUCAGUGCUCGAUGAUGUCCAACUCACGUGAAGAUGUUUGUCACAGAUUCGCAUUCGGGAGGAAAUGAGGGGUGGGGUUUUUGGAAGACACGCCCCCUCCCAGCUCUGUGUCAACACAACUUGGUUAUGUUUUGGAAAUUGAAACUGAGAAGGCCGUGAGCCCGCUGGAGCCUCUCCAGCACACAAGACUAAAACAGCUGGAAUAUUUUAGCACUCUGAGCCGUGAACAAACAGCACAAACUUUAUUAAACCAGUCUGAUGCAGUGAGCCGGUGAAGUUUAGCUUCGGUUGAGAGUGUUUAUACAUCUGUAAUCUUCACAUUUUCUCUUAUUCUAGACGGUCGUUUGUGUGUGUGCGUGUCAGUGUGUGUUGGCAGGUUAAUGGAUGUUUGAUGGUGUUUCAGUUUUAGACAUUUUACGCGCAUGAAAUCUUGUUUUUGGCUUGAAGUAUUACAGUUUGAAUUCUUACAACUUUUGACAAAUGAAAAGUUCGACAAAGCAAAAGGUUUGUGUUUAUCCCCUCAGUUUUAUUGAAGGGGUUUCUUUAACAUGAACUAAAAUACAAAAGCAGCCAUUUUUACUAGAUGAGCUUAUUUGUGUAGUAAUCUUUUGAUUCAUUGAAACCUCUUAUCAUUUGUAAAUGCUUCGAUCACUGUAGACCUGUCCAGAACAUGUCUGUGAUAUUUCACCCCAAAAUCAAAAUAAAUGAUAUUUUGAUGAAGGUAAAUGAAGAAUUUAGACCAUUAAGAUUUUACCCAGUUCAACAGAUACUCGUUUUCAUGGCUGUAAUGUAAAAAAAAUGAUGUAGUUAAAUGUGUACAGAUUGUAUUAUUUAUUGUAAACGAUCAUUUUCAUUUAGGGGAAAUCAAUAUUAAUGGUCAAGAUUGUAUAUUAUCAUGAUGAGAAUCGCCAGAGUGUGAAACUUAAACUCUUAAAACAUUUUCUUGACGCAAAUUUAAUUUCCAGUUUGGAUUUUGGGGUGAAAUAUGUUGUAGACUGCUGUCAGUCAAAUAUGAAUAAACACUUACGUGUGUAAUUAUCUGACAUGACAGAAAUCUAUUAUUUAAUGUGUAUGUCAAUGUCUGUGAAUGUUAACCAUCUGACAGAAGCGCACAAAACAAUGUUUUCGAGUUUAGCGUGGAUCUGAAAUGAGUGAAGGAAUAGCAUUGGUCACUAAUGUGUUUGUUUGUAAAUGUUUGUUAUGUGCAAUGAUUCUAUUGAGGUUUUGUCUGUGUUCUCUGAAUGAGCUCUUAGAGAGAUGAUGUCGCGUGUGCCACUGUAGGAGAAUGAUACUGUAAAAACAUAAGCUUUAGAAAAUCAGACACCUGCUUUGCUUUACUGGGUUGCCAUUACAGGAAUAUUUCAGCAAAAAAAAUGUAAUUUUUGCUCAAGUCAUAUAUGUAAAUAAUGACUAAACUUUCAUUUUUUGGGUGAAAUAUUCCUUUAAAGUGAAUUGCUUGCCGGUGUAAAUAUUUCAGCUUCACAAUCUGAUAGUGAUUGAGUUAUUUGUCGAAAGUAUUAUUAUUUUUUUAAGUUUUCAUCUAUGUUAGAAUUAAGCCAGCAUGUCACAAACUUUUAUAGGGAAACCUUUUUUUGUUCUGUUUUGAUUUGUAUUUACAGACAUACAGAAACUGUUGAUCUUGUUUUUGCAUUGAAACGCAGACACAUGUACAGAUGCACUGCAUGUACCUUCAGUUUUUUCUGCUGUAACUGAAUUUGAAUCCGUGAAUUGUGUACAUACUUUGCUAAAUUAUUUCUUUUCAAUGUAGUCGAUUGUGUUUAAUCGGCUAUCAAUAGCUGAGUCUCCAGUAAAACCAUUAAAUGCCAGUGAAAGUACUCAUGUCUUGAUGCACAUUUACUGGUUCAUUUUGAUAUCCAAAGGAGCGUGGUCUUGGGUUAAAGCUAUGUUUUUAUUGUUCUGCAUUGGUGUACAGCAUCCUCUAGUGGCAUCAGCCUGUCUACUCGGACUAUUAUUCUUUUCAAUCAUUUUUCUAAUGUAGAUUUAUAGAAGUUACUGACACGACUGCAGGUUAUUGAGCAUGGAUUGCAGAUCAAAGAAGUUUGUUUAUUGUUUAUUUAAGGUCAUGUUACAUGUAUGUAAUCUUAUUUAAGCACGUCUCUUCUCACACUUCCAUGAAAUUGAUUUUUAUUCUCUCUUCUAGCUUUCUCACUCUUUUGCCAGCUAAAGACUAUUACUUCCUCAUACUCUCACUUUCUGUUUAAUGUCAUAAGCACAAAUCAUUUCAAAGAUGGAAGAGUUAAGAAAUUAAAAGGUUUGAAUCGUGA